CUAUAUUAUAUAUGGCUCCACUCCUGUGCCGACCCCCGUCGUCUUUCUCGCAGAUGGUGUGUAAGUUUGCCCCUCCAUGUUGUUGCAAUAACCUCACGGUACCAGAUUUCUCACCCUCACGCAGGGGCGCACUGUUUAUACAACUGGAGAAGUCUUCACACCAAAAUGUCCAUAGCAGUCUCUAUCCCAAUGAUUUGGCAGACAGCACCAAACCCCCUCUUAAAACAACCUCGGAUCAUUUGGCAUCGGCACCAUCGUCCAGCCCCGCCCCUGCAGCUCCAGCUCCAUAAAAACCCCGAGAGCGACUCUUCUUCAUUCAUUCGCUUCCCUGCGGAGGAUAACAACACAUCCAAGGCGUCCAUCUCUCAGAGAUCUUUCAAAACAGGACUAUUUGGGAAUUAUCGCCCAGCAAAAAAGUGAAAAAGAAAUGAAUUCUGUGUGCAUUGCAGCUCCUGUUUCCAAUACAAUGAACACUGACAUCCAGCAGUCUAGCAGCCCAGCUUGCCUGUGGAGACCAUGGCUCAUGACAAGAAAGGAUGCACAAACUGAAUGCCAGAGAACCAAGUUGGCUUGUCCUUAUUCCAGGCCAGAAAUGCCCAGUAACACUACAACAGAUGGCAAAAUGCAGUCCUUCCAGCACCCUGUCAGGCUGUAUUGGCCCAGAUCGAAAUCCUACGACUACCUCUUCAGCGAUGGCGAGGCCCUGCUCAGAAAUUUCCCAGCGCAGGCCACCAUAAACUUCUACGAUGAGUCAGACAGCGAGGAAGAGGAGGACAGCUGUGAUGAAGAUGACGACAGCGACGCUGAGGAGUGUCUUAAACUUAACAGUCACUUCACCAGUUACAACUGAAUGUUCAUCCUCACCCGUCUUUGCAACAGUGACCUUACGCUGAGGAAAAGAUCAUAAAUUUAACAUCAACACUGGAUAAUGCCACAUCGCGCUCUAUUAGAGAAGUCGUGCCAUCAAUAAUUCAGUGCAUGGACAUGGUGUUUCUUAUGAGCAUCUAGAGCACACAACCAGAGUGAUUUUACUGAUUGUUUUAUGCAGGAAACAUCAAUUACAUGAAUGCAGAUUUAGAUAUGUCUUGCAUAAAAGUAAUUCAGAUGCAAUCCCACAUUGGGAAAUGUUGUUUCAGAGUGAUCUCAGGGUUCUUACCUUCUUUUGUAUAUAAAAUUCUAUUUGUAUUCUAU